UAUUCACAUGUCUAGUAUUGUUAUUAUUUCUUAUGCAGUUCAACCUGCAUCCUAUAUAACAGAACGUCAUUUCUCGGUAUAUGUCAUUUGUUGAUACGUGCGAAGGAAUCAUGUUUACCUCGCAAACUUCCAUGCAAACGUCCUCCUUCCAAGAUUCAAUUGACGUGGAAGAAAAGGAUACGGAUUAUGAUAACGAAGAGAUGGGAUAUAAUCAGAAAAUACAGUUGAACUGUUACUAUACCAUUUAUCUCUACCAAGGCACCAGAUCUGAGGCAGCUGCAGAGGGCAACGUGGCAUGGAGCCAGAGAAGAACAGACUCCACAGCCAGUACCAGUCAGGAAGACUUUAGCCUCACCCUAGUGGACAGCAGCCUGCCGGUAGAGGCGGAGCCUGAGCUACGAUGCUACAUCUCCCGGAGGCUGAGCAAAGGAGCCCUGCUGGGGGGCAUGGGAAACAUUGCCGCCGUGGAGCUCAGUGUCCCAGAGGCGGCGGUGGGCUGUUACUGCUGUCUCCUGGAGCAGGAGAGAUCCCCAGAGCAGCCCGAUGCAGACGGCAAUGGCUAUGUGAUCUGCCUCAUGGGAGGCUCUGAGAAAGGCCUCAACCUGUUUAGACUUGAACUGGACAAGUACGUGCAAGGCCUGCAGAGCAGUCUACAGACUCCUGAGCUGGUGAACCUAGAGACUGAGAUCAGGCCGUACCUGAGCAUGUGGUACGAGGAGUCUGUGAUGCACAUCCUCAGAGUGGUGCAGAUGGUCCAGGGGAGCAUCAGCUUCCUGCUACAUGCUGCUCUGAGUCACAUACAUGUGGAGGUCACCAAUGCAGAUGACAGGACCAAGGCUGAUGUUGCUAGGUUCAUUAAGGCAGCCAGUCUGCAGGGCCUGGUCCAGGAGGACACUACCACAGCCUCUCUGUAUAAGGCCUCAGAGGCUCUUACUGACCUGGUCAUAGACUGCUCCACCAGCCCUCCUACACUCUCCAACACAGUUAGUAACCGUUUCUGUGAUGACUGGAUCCAGGCAUUCCUGAACGCAGCAGAGCGCUGUAACCCUUUCCUCCUCAGACAGAUCCUGGAGAACUUCAAACUCAAGGCCAUCCAGGACAUGAACAGUCUGAAGCGGUUCAUCCGCCAGGCUGAGUCGAGUCACUACGCUCUGUUCCGCUGCUGCCAGUUCCUGCAGGGCUGUGGGAAUGGGGACGUGCUGCUCCAGAACGCCCAUGCCGAGCACCGGGACCUUCCUGAGGCCUGCAGCAUCAUCUGCGUGCUGGACGAGUUCCUCAGCGAACAGAAGGCCCAGGGAUGAGAUAGGGAUGAGAGACACUGACACACCGCAGCCACCAGGUCGGCGAUAGUUAAACUCGAAUUGACAGUGACACCUCGAGGGCGGCGAUAGUUCAACACUAACCCACCCAGUCUCAACACCAUGGCCUGUAUUUAUAAAUUAUCCUAUUUAAGUCAGAACUCCUAUUCUGAGAUGUGGAUUUGUGAAUACAGGCCCAGACCUGUGUGAAAUAGGGGUGUGCUUGAUUUGAGUUGGCCACUUUUGUACCAGACUAACUAAAUCAAGCACAGCACAAGGAUUUGGAAGUAUUUGACCCAGGUCUCCUCACACUGGAACUCUUCCAUGCUAGAUGUCAGUGUGUAUCUGUUUUUGGCACUUUUCCUUUGCCGUUGGUGUUUAAUCAGUGGUCACUGUCUUCCAUUUGCGGUGUGAUUGAAUAGCAUUUACCCAGAAGAAACAGACCAAGUAUGUUGUAUCUGGAUCAGAAUUAACUCUAAAAACAAAAAUAUCCAAAGUCAUGUUAACACUAUUGUUUUCUUUGCUGGUAUUAAAACAUGCAGUACUAUAAACUAAUGGAAACACUAUAAGUAUGUUUAACACAUACCGUAAUUUCCGGACUAUUGAGCGCACCUGAAUAUAAGCCGCACCCACUGAAUUUAAAAAAUAUAUAUAUUUUGAACAUAAAUAAGCCGCACAUGUCUAUAAGCCGCAGGUGCCUACCGGUACAUUGAAACAAAUGAACUUUACACAGGCUUUAACGAAACACGGCUUGAAACAAAAAUAAAUAGGCUUUAACGAAACACGGCUUGUAACAAAAAAUUAAAAAUUAGCAGUAAACAGUAGCAGAACCAAGAAAG